UUUUUUUUUUUUUUGGGUUUUUUUUUUUUUUUUUAUUUUUAAGGGGGCUCAUCGUUUUUUCCCUCCCGCCGCCGAUGCUCCGGAGAGAAGAAGGGGAAGAACUUGACAGCCGCCUCGCUGCCCUCCCCUAAAUCUUUUCAUUAUCCCCUCUUCUAUUUUUAUAUGAUUUGACCAUUAUCAAUUUUUUUCCUGCAUUUUUAAGCCGCCGCCGUGUGCCGGCGCGGGAUUUUUUUUUUCCUUUUUCCUUCUCGUUUGCGCGUCUCCAUCCCCGGCGGAGGUUAUGAUGGUGCAUUGUGCGGGCUGCGAGAGGCCGAUUUUGGACCGGUUCCUGCUGAACGUCUUGGACAGGGCAUGGCACAUCAAAUGCGUCCAGUGCUGCGAGUGCAAGUGCAACCUCACCGAGAAAUGCUUCUCCAGGGAAGGCAAACUCUACUGCAAAAAUGACUUUUUCAGGAGGUUUGGUACCAAAUGCGCCGGCUGCUCCCAGGGCAUCUCCCCCAGCGACCUCGUCCGGAAAGCGCGGAAUAAAGUCUUUCACCUGAACUGUUUCACCUGCAUGGUCUGCAACAAGCAGCUCUCCACGGGCGAGGAACUCUAUAUCAUAGACGAAAACAAAUUUGUUUGCAAAGAGGAUUAUUUGAACUCUCCCAGUUUGAAGGAAGGAAGCCUCAACUCAGUGUCCUCAUGUACAGACAGGAGUUUGUCCCCGGAUCUCCAGGACCCCAUGCAGGACGACACGAAGGAGACGGACAACUCGACCUCCUCGGACAAGGAAACCACCAACAACGAGAACGAGGAGCAGAACUCGGGCACCAAGCGGAGGGGGCCCCGCACCACCAUUAAAGCCAAGCAGCUGGAGACCCUCAAAGCUGCCUUCGCCGCCACCCCCAAACCCACCCGCCACAUCCGAGAGCAGCUGGCCCAGGAGACCGGCCUCAACAUGAGAGUCAUCCAGGUCUGGUUCCAGAACCGUCGGUCCAAGGAGCGCCGGAUGAAGCAGCUGAGCGCGCUGGGCGCCCGCCGGCAUGCCUUCUUCCGCAGCCCGCGCAGGAUGCGGCCCCUCGGCGGCCGCCUCGACGAGUCCGAGAUGCUCGGCUCGACGCCCUACACGUACUACGGAGAUUACCAAGGUGACUACUACGGACCGGGAGGCAACUAUGACUUUUUCCCCCACGGGCCGCCCUCCCAAGCCCAGUCCCCGGCCGACUCCAGCUACCUUCAGAACUCAGGACCCGGCUCCACACCCCUGGGACCCUUGGAGCCCCCCUUAAGCGGACACCACUCCUCAGAAAACCAAAGGUACACGGAUAUGAUCUCGCAUCCCGACACCCCCAGCCCCGAGCCGGGGAUGACCGGCUCGCUGCACCCCAUCCCAGGGGAGGUCUUCAGCGGGGGGCCCAGCCCACCCUUCUCCAUGUCCAGCAAUAGCGGCUACAGCGGGGCCCUCUCGCACCCCAACCCGGAGCUCAGCGAGGCAGCGGUGUGGUAGGCCUGGUGUGGGCACGUGUGUGUGUGGGGAGGGGGAAAACACCCCCGUGUUCCCCCACCCCACGCGUGUCCCCCCCCACCCCACGGAUAAAGACCCCCCCUCCGAUGCCAAAACGCAUCCCUGCAUCCCUUCCAUCACCGCAGAUCCCCCCCUCCAUAUGGGACCUUGGGGCCACCCCACUACCUCCCCCUCCCGGCACCUUCCCCCCAGCACUGGGGGGGGGAUAAGGAAUGGUGCCCAGCCCUGAAGACUCACCCCCCUCGUUGGCAGCGGGACCCCCGCCUCUCGGACCAAAGCUGAACUCACCUGGACACAGGUCCCACCGCCCCGGUGGCUCCUGGGGAGAGGGGGGGGCUUGGCAGGGCUCCCCCCUGCUCAUUAACAUCCUUUUUAAUUAUCCCCUACCACAUCAUAACAGGGGGGAAAUGGGGAAUAGCAGGAAUAAACCCCCAGCCCCUUCCCUGCCCUUGUUUUUCGUUGUUCGCAUUUCAUCCCCAAGGAGAAGGUGGGUUUGGACCCGGUCUUUGGUUUAGAGGGGGUGUGGAGGGGGGUGUCCAGGGCUGCCCCAGUGACUGGCUGAGAUUGGGCUCCCACACGGUGGCAAAGACACCAGAAAGAGGCAAAAAAUACCCAAUAACAGGAAGCGAACCAACACAAUAACCAGGAAAAAAAACCAGGACAAACCCAACCCAAGCACCACAACAGCAGAAAUCAAACCCUGAGCCUCACCACCGAGUUCCACCCCAACGAUUCCCAGAGGCUCCGCCAAUUUAAGGAUGUAUUAUAGUUUUUGCUUCUAGUUUCUUUAUUUUGUAUAAAGGAGAAACAAAUAAAGUA